ACUAAUCGAGCCGCCUAUUCAUCCGAGAGCGGUCCAAGCAGCAGCGCGAGCAUAUAGACCACGGUCACACACCAGUCCCCAAAGGGAGGCGGGACUCGGGAGCCAUGGCGAGCGUCGGCGUCGGCGGCGAGGCUCCUGCGGCGGAGACGAUGGCGUCGGAGGCGUACCUGGCGGGCGACGCGGUGAGGGAGGCGCGGGAGCUGGUGGCGGAGCUCUGCCGCCACUUCUACUUGCAGGGGUGGGUCACCGGCACCGGCGGCAGCAUCACAGUCAAGGCCAACGACCCCGCCGUGCCCCUCGCGCAGCAGCUCAUCAUCAUGUCCCCCUCCGGUGUGCAGAAGGAGAGGAUGGUGGCCGAGGACAUGUAUGUGAUGUCAGCAGAUGGCAAGGUGCUUUCUGCACCAGUAGCGAAACCAUGGCCGCACAAGCAUCCAAAGUGUUCAGAUUGUGCCCCUCUUUUCAUGAAGUCUUAUCUAAUGAGAGGAGCUGGGGCUGUGAUUCAUAGCCAUGGAAUUGAGACUUGCAUUGCAACAAUGCUCGAUCCUGGUGCAAAGGAGUUCAGGAUAACACAUAUGGAAAUGAUUAAAGGAAUCAAAGGUCAUGGCUACAACGAUGAAUUGGUGAUUCCUAUAAUUGAGAAUACUCCUUAUGAGUACGAGCUCACAGACUCUCUAGCUGCAGCGAUUGCAGCGUACCCAAAGGCAACUGCUGUCCUGGUUAGGAACCAUGGAAUUUAUGUUUGGGGUGAUUCCUGGAUCAAUGCAAAGACACAGGCUGAAUGCUAUCAUUAUCUUCUUGAUGCUGCUAUCAAGCUCCAUCAGUUGGGCAUUGACUGGACAACUCCUGAGCAUGGUCCAAUAAACAGUGCCAAAAGACUGCGCACUUUACUUAGUCCUGGCAUCCCUAAUGGAUGUCAUCCUGCUGACUCAUCAAAGCAGUGUGUGGUGCUUGAUAUCGAGGGAACUACAACUCCAAUAUCUUUUGUGACUGAUGUCAUGUUUCCUUAUGCCCGUGACAAUGUGCGAAAGCAUCUGACAUGUACAUAUGAUUCCGAAGAAACCAAAGAAGACAUCAAACUGUUACGCAUCCAAGUUGAAGACGACCUGGCGAAUGGAAUUGUUGGGGCUACUCCAAUUCCACGUGAUGAUGCUGGCAAAGAAGAGGUUAUCAAUUCAUUAGUGGCUAAUGUUGAAUCAAUGAUCAAAGCAGACAGGAAGAUUACAUCGUUGAAACAACUUCAGGGUCAUAUAUGGAGAACUGGAUUUGAAAGGAAAGAACUGCAAGGGGUCGUGUUUGAGGAUGUUCCUGAGGCACUAAAGAACUGGCAUUCGAGCGGUACAAAGGUGUACAUAUACUCAAGUGGCAGUAGAGAGGCACAGAAACUACUGUUUGGACAUACAACCUAUGGUGAUCUGCGACAAUUUCUGUGUGGUUUCUUUGACACCACAACCGGAAACAAAAGAGAAGCAAGGAGUUACUUCGAGAUCUCUCAGUCACUUGGGGUUGACAAGCCAUCUCAAAUCUUAUUCAUCACAGAUGUCUUCCAAGAAGCCAUCGCUGCAAAGAGUGCAGGUUUCGAGGUAAUAAUCUCCAUCCGCCCCGGAAAUGCACCACUUCCUGAGAAUCAUGGUUUCCGGACUGUCAAUUUUUUCAGUGAGAUCUGACAAUUGUGCAAGAGAAGAACAGGCCGGGAAAUUACGUUUGGGUAUGUAGAGUGAGAGUGCUCUGUAACAGCAAUAUAACGCCUAGCAUGGCAUCAGAAUGCAAUAAAAACCAUGGUGGCAAAAUAAAAGGAAGAAAUGCAAGUAAAACAGAAUGCUCUCGAGGGCGUAAGAGCCUUUCUGUCAUUGUUAGUACGCCUGUAUCAUGUGCCAUCCGUUUAUGGUUCUGUAGCUCACUGCAACUGCAAAUAGAAUGAUAUCGUUGUGCAGGUUGAGCUCCCUUUGUUUAUUUUCUGGUCAUGUCGUGUCGUCGGUCGAAUUUAACUUGUUGGCGAUGUUUCCAAUUCUUAAGGUGAUUUCUUUGA